AGUUCAACAGUCUAGAUUCGUUUUCUCUACUCAUUCCUUCCUUUGAUUAAUAAUAAUAAUAAUAAUCAGCCCCUCCACUCUUACUCUUCCAGAAAUUCUUCAUUCUCUUCUUUUUCUCUCCUCCAUUUAUUCCCACACAAUCCCUCUCUCAUAUAUUUCAACUCUAGUGUGCCCCAACUCUCCAUCAAUCGGUCAAUCUUCAACAAUGGUUUCUGAAGAUAUUUGCAACACAGGCCUCACUCUUGGCUCAGCCCCUAUCACUACGCCUGAAAAUCAUCUUCACUCUCAUCAUCAUCAUCAUCAUCAACACAAUAAGAAACUUUUGUCGCUGAAAUUCGAUCAUGUUUUGCCCUGCCUUACGUUGGGAUUAUCAUCAGAAGAACAAAAAAUCAAAACAUCUGUCAAGAUCGAUGCCUGUAAAGUUCAUGGCGAAUCCACAAUUUCGCUUAGCGCGGUUUCAUCGUACUCUAACUCUAGUGUGAAGAGGGAGAGAGAUGAAGAGGUGGAGGUAGAGAAAGUGUCUUCAAAGGUAAGUGAUGAUCAAGAUCAAGAUCAAGAAGAAGAGGGUAGUGCAAGGAAGAAACUUAGGCUUACUAAAGAACAGUCUGUGAUCUUAGAAGACAGCUUCAAAGAACACACCACUCUCAACCCCAAUCAAAAGCAGGCCUUGGCAAAACAGCUGAACCUACGGCCCCGACAAGUGGAAGUUUGGUUCCAAAAUAGGAGAGCCAGGACUAAACUGAAGCAAACUGAGAUAGACUGUGAGUCAUUGAAGAACUAUUGUGCAAAACUGAAAGAUGAGAACAGAAGAUUGCAGAAAGAGCUGCAAGAGCUGAAAGCACCAAAUGUGGCGGCGCCGUUUUACAUGCAGCUACCGGCAGCCACCCUCACCAUGUGCCCCUCCUGCGAGCGGAUCGGCAGCACCGGUGGCAGCGAAAACUCUUCUAAAAGUCCUUUUUCAAUUGGAGCUAAGCAUCACUUCUAUAGUCCCUUCACCCAUCCUUCAGCAGCUUGUUAGGCAACUAACAAAGGACACAACACAAGACUUCAAGUUAGCCUUCUAUAAUCUAUAUUCCCUUACAACUAGCUAGUCUCAAGCUAUGAAUUUAUACUAAUAAAUUUCUUUCUAUUUCUCUAUUGUAUAUAUGUUUUGUACAUCUUUGAGGAUAGUCUAUGAAGGGGAAAUUUUCUUUUUGA